AUGCAGUUUCGUCUCUUCUCCUUUGCCCUCAUCAUCCUGAACUGUAUGGAUUACAGCCACUGCCAAGGCAAUCGAUGGAGACGCAGUAAGAGAGCUGGUUAUGUAUCAAAUCCCAUUUGCAAGGGUUGCUUGUCUUGUUCAAAGGACAAUGGGUGCAGCCGAUGUCAACAGAAGUUAUUCUUCUUUCUUCGAAGAGAAGGCAUGCGCCAGUAUGGAGAAUGUCUGCAUUCCUGCCCAUCCGGGUACUAUGGACAUCGAGCCCCAGAUAUGAACAGAUGUGCAAGAUGCAGAAUAGAAAACUGUGAUUCUUGCUUUAGCAAAGACUUUUGUACCAAGUGCAAAGUAGGCUUUUAUUUGCAUAGAGGCCGUUGCUUUGAGGAAUGUCCAGAUGGUUUUGCACCAUUAGAUGAAACCAUGGAAUGUGUGGAAGGAUGUGAGGUUGGCCACUGGAGUGAAUGGGGAACUUGUAGCAGAAAUAAUCGCACAUGUGGAUUUAAGUGGGGUCUGGAAACCAGAACACGGCAAAUUGUUAAAAAGCCAGCAAAAGACACGAUACCAUGUCCAACCAUUGCUGAAUCCAGGAGAUGUAAGAUGGCCAUGAGGCAUUGUCCAGGAGGGAAGAGAACUCCAAAAGCAAAGGAGAAAAAGAACAAGAAAAAGAAGAGGAAGCUGAUAGAAAGAGCCCAGGAGCAACACAGCGUCUUCCUAGCUACAGACAGAGCUAACCAGUAA